AUGGCGGCAAAGGCAAAAAUGCAAGCGCGAGCUUGCUGUCGAUUUUACAUUUUGUUGUUUUUAUUAUUUUUGUGUGUUGGUUUCACCCAAUCUUCUACUACAACAGUUCCAAAUACAACAUCGGUGGCGGAUAAUACAACAACAACACCACCUACAACAACGACAACAACUCCAACGACAACUACAACGCCGACGACUACAACACCGACUACUACCACAACAGCCUUGCCUACUCAGCCUCCGUCUCCUGUCGCAAUCAACUCUGAUAUAGGACCUUGUCCAUGUGACCUGACAGCCAAUGCUUGUGAUGUGAGGUGCUGUUGUGAUCCUGAUUGUACAGCGAAUGACAUUGGAGCAUUUUCUUCUUGUAUACCUACUUCUGUCAAUGUUGAUGACCGCUUGUGUGUCCAGUCAGAGCUGUUGCUGCUAGAUAACACACAGUACACCAAGGAAUACACACAGGAUGGACUGUUUUGUGUCUUCUUUGACAACAAUGUACAGAGAAAUUAUUAUGCCAAUCCUGACCUUGUGUCUGAUGAAGCUACAUUUGAUAAUUACUUGUAUCGAUUUGCUGGCACCAACUACCAGCCUGGGGCUGUAGACAAAACUCUAUAUGCCAAUGAGUACAAGAGUGGAGAUCCAGUGUUUGUUAUCUAUCAAAAUCUAGCCAGGGGCUACUUAGGUGUACCUAAGACUGUUGGAUCUACGUUUUGUUCAGAUAGUAAUCCAGCUGCAUUCCUGGAAGAUGAGUCGUCUGAGUGUGUACGAAAUGUGUACACAUUGGAUGCCACUACUUGUGUUAACACAAUCCAAUGGAAGGCUUCCUCCUAUUAUUCUGGGAUCAAAGUUGUCGCUACACCAUACCUGUUCAACUGGAUUGUAAACCAGACAGGAGUGACCAACCCAGCAUUUACUACUGCUGCUCCACCCACCACCACAGACAAUACCACCACGACUCCCUCUGUCCCUACUACACCAAUAGUACUUAUCCCAGUGGACCUGUACAACAACACAUACACAGUUCCAAUAACAGUAGACUCCGUGACGUGUCAGGAUGUGAACGGCCAAGCUUUAACAUGUCCUACCAACAGUCCAGUCGACCCAACCUUUACCAGCAACACCUGUAGUAAUGUCGUACUCGGGGUGGAGUAUAUUCUUGGUUAUGGAAGUGAUAUACCUGAAUUCCUGAUAGACGUACAGCAGGUCGUGACCUCUGCCAGGGUUAAAUUGACUCUGGGAAAUAUUGACCAGACCAGUCUACCAAUCACUCAGAAAUACAGCACUAAAUUUGUAGGAUCAUCCGAGGCAAAUGUGGUGGAAAAGAGUGGAAACCCUGGCUACUUGUUUGGAAAGCCUGUGAGAGCUGGAAUCCGCUACAACAUUGCUGGUAACUCCAGUUUUGCCAUAUCGGAGAGUUUAUAUGACCUCACCCUCGUCAAGUCAACAGGCUCUGGUGACUGUGCUACUGGCUCAGCCAACAGACUUCAGGUGAACUUUGGAGAAGAUGUAAGGACAGGUUGUCUGAUAAGAUUCAACUAUGAAAAUGUGACAGAGUAUUGUACUGCCAUUGAACAACAGAUAAUCAAUGCAUUGGAGGGUUUAGACGGAGUAACUUAUGACCCUGGUAACAGAUCUGUGGCUAUAUUUGGUAACUCUGACCCUCUAGUCACUGGUGAUUGGGUACCUAUCAUCAGGAAUGCACCUACUGCAGCACAGGUGAUCAGUUCCAUGACUGGACCGACCUGUUCUGUGACAACUGGCAUGCAUGUCCAGAUUCUUUACGCAAACAUUGGAGCACUGGUCAACCCACAAAGGAAAAUUCUUGGUGUUCAGUUUAAUUAUGAAGAUCCACAGCUUGUUACAUUCAGGUGUAUUGGCGUGUUUUGUUCUCCUGGAAGCUCUGCCCUCACCCAGUCCGUGGAGAUCAGCCAAUCAGUGACAUUUAUAGAUGUAUCAAAGCCUAGCACUGGCUACGUAGGAGAACCACCUAUCUUCCUCGCCAAACUGCCAUAUGAUUUCUUCUACCCCUUCCUUCAGUCUGCUGGUCAGCAGACAGUCAGCAGCAGUGUGUUACUGACCACACUACUGUGCCUGGUCAAAAUUAUGUUAUAGCAUUGUUUUAAUUUAUGUUGAACACUUACCUAGUAAAUAACUCAUUGGUGUGGAAGAUAAUGUAAACGUGUCAAUUUUUAAAGAACAAAAAAUUUUAUUUUGAAGAUCCAAGAUUACAUGUUUUCUGAUGUUCUGUUUUAAGUAAUUCUUUUCAAUAGUACAGAUGCUAUAUUUGCUAUAGAAACAAAAGAGCAAGCAUUAUCUAAAUAUGGAGAUAUUGAUCAACAGUAUCAUAAAGAGGAUUAAUUAUAAGCAUUUAUAGAUAUUGAGGAAACAGUAAAAGUACGGUUUCUUUGUUGGCCUUGGUGUGGAGAAGGGAUGACUAGAGAUGUUUAUAUGAGAAGGGAUAUUUAUUGAAAUGUGAUUAAUGUAUGAUAUUUGUGUAUGAAUAAGUGUGAAUGAAUGUUAUUCAAAAUUGUAUUAAUCCUUUUAAGAUUAAAAGUUUUUAGUUGGAGUUGUAUCAUAGGCUAGUUCUAUUAGACUGAAAAUUGAAUCUUUGCAUUUCCUUAGAAACACUGUAUACCAGAAUGUAAGAAAGAAUGUUAGACUGUGUACAUUGACGGAAUAAAAAUGUUUUAAAAGAUCUCUUGUAAGACGGAUAUUUAAUACUGUACGAGAGAAACUCACAAAAAUCUUCAUGUAUGAGGGAAUGAAUGUCAAGAGUAACUAUAUUUUUAUACAUAACAGUGUUGAGUGAGUCAGGAUUGAAAGUAAAUUUGAGAGUAUAUUGUAUCAUAGAAAAUGUCGGUGUUUAGUUUUGUAUAUAUAUGUAUUGACUUUGAUAGUUUAAAAUCUCAGUUUUUUUUAUGUUGCUACCUGUGCUAUCAAAGUCUAUCAAAGUGUGAAUUCAUUCACUGUGGGAUAUUGUUCAAUAAUUCUAUUGACAUUUUAAAUAUCAUAUUUUCUUCCCUGAUUAUCAAAUUCAAACAGCUUAAUUACCUAUGCAACUGCAGCAAGCUCUUAUUGCAAAGAAGUUAGGGAGGAUGAAAUAUUUGGUGUAUUUUGGCGUGCUGUUUUUCCACAAAAUUUUAAUACAAAUGAUUUAUAGUUAUACAGCAUAGACAUACAAAAAAUAUUAACCUACUUUUAAUCUGUUUGUCACAUACACACCAAGUUAUACAAGACAAGUUGUCCACAGUUGUGUUGUCUCCCUUGACUAGGUAAUAACCUGUACCAAUAGAUUUCUGUGAUAAAGUGGACAAACAUUCCAUGUACUUCUAGACGACUACACAAUGAUUUGCACAUUUUCGUCAGAAUGAAGCUUAGUUGAUAUUAUUAACUGUUGUAAUAAUGGUGAUGAAGUGAUCGAGGUAAUAUGAUUCUUUAUUUAGUUUGUGCCACUGUUAUAUAUAUAUAUAGCAGUAUUAACGGA